CGAGUUUAGUCAGCAUAGAGCCGAGCCAACGUCACUCACAAAAACGACAGGACCUGCAAUUUUUGUGCGACGUUUCGUUUGUUUAUGCUAACUCAAAUUUCGCGAACUCUUUAGCUUUGCUUCAAUCCACAAUUUACUAAUGGGCUAUUCAAAGGAACAGUUGCUUGCUCGCUUGCAGCCAUGACUCAAUCCUUCUCACCCAUUUUACAUCGAUUUUAGAAUUUGUGUACAGUAGAAGUUGAGAUUACUCUCCCUUGGAAAUUUGAGACAUCAGAGAUUUUUUUUUUAUAAAUUUGGUCUAUAAUUGGACCGUGUUAUCAGUUUUUCUUUUGUGAUAUAACGAUAUUUUUAAUUUGCAGAACUGUUAAGACAGGCUUUACUGGAAAAUGGCAACAUUAUGUUGAAUACUGAUUUUCUUAUUUUUGUGUUUAUGUGCAUUCCUCUCUGCGGCGCUCUUGAUUGAGUGUACUGGAGUUUUCUUUAGUAUCUUUUAUUUUCUGGUACUAAUAAUUAUAUUGGAUUUCUUAGGAUCUUCAAAUUGAAUUUUCCAAGUAUGAACAUCCUGUUGUAAUGACAGUUGAAGCUCAGGAAAAAUAUGUUGGAGGUAUGGGAGGUGGAUGUAAAAAUUUGUUCUUGAAGGACAAGAAACACAGGUACUAUAUUGUCUCUGCUCUGGCUGGUACAAAAGUUGAUAUGAAAGUUUUGUCUCAAAGACUUGGUCUUGGAAAGGGAGGUCUGAGGAUGGCUCCUGAAGAGGCAUUGCCCGAAAUACUUCAGGUGCCAUUAGGAAGUGUUACUCCAUUUGCGCUGGUGAAUGAAUCAGCAAGAGAUGUUGGACUGUUGUUGGAUAAAGGAUUCAAAACUCAGGAACGAUGCUUCUUCCAUCCACUGUCAAAUGACAUGUCAAUCUCUCUUAAUGCCAAUGAUCUGGACAAGUUUCUUAAAUCAAUUGGGAGAGAGCCAUCAUAUGUUGACCUGGAGGCUAACCCCACAGUUGGAAAAGAUCAACCUCCUGACCUUGCUGCUUUUGUCCCAUCUGGUUCUACCAUCCUGCCAGAACCUCCAGAAAAAUCAGCUUCUUCACAGAAUGCCGAUGGGAACAACGUCAUUACAAGUAGUAACUCCAAGGCAGUGGCAGAGAAAGCUGUAAAACUGGCCAAAAAUGUUCAGAAUAUUAAGGACAAGUCUGCCAAUGCUGUAAAUCCUUCAAGCGCCUUCACUGAUGCUGAGAAAUUUGUGGAAGAGAUUCUGAAUAAAAUAUCAGCCCAAAUAUUUUUAGAAACCAAGGAUGGCAGUAUCAAAGAACAUGGGGAAGAGCUUGGAACUGAGAUUGCAAACAGAUUAAGAAAAUGCUGUUGCACAGAGUUCAAGAACCUUGCUACGAUAUUCAAGAACACAGCGUAUACACAAGGGUUUCACGCUGGUAGAGCUUCAUUACUGAGAUAAUAUUGGGGAACAUGCUUUUACAGAUUAAACCAAGCAUUUGUGAGCUGGUUGUAGAUGGAACGCUCUCUUUUCUAUUAACUUGCAACUAUUUUCCUUCCCAAAAUUUGAAAAGCUAAAGGAAACAAAUGUUCAACGUUAAACUUCUAUCUGUUACGAGGUACAUUGGUGUAAAACAUUUUGAAAAAUGUUUACUCAUUUGAAAUGGCUUUAAGAUGUACCACUUUUUUAAAAAUCUAAACCUUGGUUAUAAAUUUAUAGUGGUCCUUUGUUGGAUUUGGAUCACAUUGAGGUGAACAAAUUUUAUUAAUUUAUUUAUAUAAACUGA